AUGCCUUCCACUUCUCGACCGGUGAAGGUGGCGUGUCUGGCCUGUCGAGCCUCCAAAAUCCGAUGUGACGGGCAAAAUCCAUGCGCUAAUUGCACUAUCCAUCGACAAGAAUGCCGGUAUCAACCCAGUCGGCGAGGGGGUGCUCGACGGGGCCCUGUUGCUGCCGAGGAGCGGGCCAUGAAAAAGGCCCAACGACUGCAAACUGCAACCAGGGUCAACAAUCAUGCCGUGACAAAUGAUGAUUUUACUCCGGCUCAGAUAUUGCAGAUCAAUGCAGCCACCCCGGUUUCUCUUCCAUCUCCGUCUCCGAUUGAAACCGGAUCCCGACUAUCCGAUACGCUGCAGGGAAAAGACAGCCCGGGAUUUCUGUUACCGCCUAGAGGCUCUAGAACUGGUCAGGAGUUUCGAGAGACUGUGAGCCAUCCGACACAAAGCCUCCGUGCUUAUCGGUGUGAUCAAGAUCUGAUCAAUGCUUACUACAUCUUCAUACAUCCAUACCUCCCUCUAUUACCCCCACCGGCUGUGUCCCAGUAUGUGGACAAGCCUGUGGCUCUGAGCAUGCGGUCGGCCCAUGUGGAUGCAUCUCAUUUGCCUUACUGGCCGACUACCUCACUUGGCUUGGCCGUAGCAGCAAUACUGACACUGAUACCCCUACCGGGAGAUGCGCCCGCGAUUGAGAAUGAGGCUGUCACCUUACGACGCUCUUAUGCCGAUUAUUUUGCACGCUCAGCGCUAGAUGUAUCAGAAGAAUCUCUCCAGCCGUCUUCCAAUCCCGAUCUCACGCAGGGCCCAGGCAGCCCCUUGCAUCCGGAUAUUCCCCGGCAAAUGGAGCCGGUCCUGGCAUUAGCGCUUCUCAGCCUAUACGAAUGCUGCCAGCGAGGAAAUGUCUCCAAGAUGCGCAUCCGAGCCAAUCAGGCCUUAACCAUGGCGAUGGAUCUUUCACUACAUACACAAAAGUCUGCAAAUAACUGUUCCGACGCGAUCCGUCGCUGUUGGUGGUCGACGGCACCCCUUAUUACAAGCGAUGACUUCCGCAUUACCACGCCUUAUAUAGUAAUUCGUGGUUGUCGAGAGCAUCAGCCAUGGCCCUACGUCGUACAAGCACAAUGCCUCCUUCACCGCAGCUGCACCAUCACCCGCGAGCUCUCCCACGAAACCACCCAUGAUCAAGGGUGUCUUCCCUGUUCAUUCCACAACGAACUCAAACACCUUGACUCUUCUCUUCUCGAUAUAGCCACCGAAACAGACCGCUACCGCUGCAUAGCUAAUUGCCAAGGCACAGAAGCCGACGCGGAGCGCGUGCUCUGGGCAAUAUCGCGCGUCCUAAUUCACACGGCUAGAUUGCUCAUCCAUAGAGUUCGCGCUUUCCCUGACCGUCCUGCCGAUAGCUUUACGACUACUUCCAACAGCAGUACUAGCGGAACUAGCACCCCCCUCUCUCCGUCCCGAAGAGCUGAAAUCGAUGCCAUAAUGCCAUUUGAUGAGCAAGAAUCCAUGCGUAUCUGCAUUCGCUCUGCGCUGCUGAUAUCUCGAAUUUUCCGUCACCUGCCUACACCGAAUCCGAUGUACUCUGAUACUCCUGCCGAUGGAGAGACCUUUGGAUAUGGACUCGGACUUGGACAGAUUAAUGGAGACUCGGGGCGAUCGUUGACUUCACCACGCUCUUUACCAUACAUGGCCUGGUGUGGGAUGCAGAGCUUCUAUGUACUUGCCAUGGUAUUGUGGCGCGUGCGGGCGGCCUUGUCCGCGGGUAAUUUGAGCAGUAUCUAUAAUUUGCUAGAUCGGCCGAAUGAGCGGACGGCGAUACAGGAUGCAGAAAGGCUCGAGGAGGAGUUACACAUGGGGAUUGAGUCGCUGAGAGUGUCAAUGAAAGCGGAUGGGGUAUAUGAGGGUGUCGGGAGGAUGGUUAGGGAGUUGGAAAGCGUGUAUGAUGCUACCAUGAUGGGGUGA